AUGAUUUGGCACUAACAAAAGAUUAUAUAUAUAUAUCUCAAAUUAGUUAAUUAACAAAUUAGUCGCUUAUAUUUUGUAAAAAUAAAAAGUAUUUGUUUUGCAGUAAAGAUAAAAAAGUUAGCAAAAAAGAAAGAACUCAAAAGAAAAAGUUAUAGAAUAGCAUUAUAAAAAAAUAUGGAAGGAGAAUUUACAAAACUUAAAGCCGAAUUAGUUGAAGGUGAGACAUAAGAGCAAGCACCUCAAUAAAAUGGAAAUGCAAACGCAAAUGCAAAUGCAUCUCCAAGUGAAGGUAAAACUGAACCCACAUAAUCGCCCAUAAAAUAAAAAGUUAAAUAGAUAGCACCAUAAAUAUAAAAAAUUAAAUACCCUGUUUGCUAGAAAGGCAAUUUCCAUGAAGGAGAGUUGCUCAACUACGUUUAUUUAAACACAACAAAUAAGGAAGACGUUUUAGGAUGUGCUGUUUGCCAAGAAGAAAAUAAAAAAGGUUAAUGGAAACCCUUGAAGGUGUUGCUCCAUCAAGCUUUGGAAAAUUCAGCUAAACAAGCAAAGUCUGAAUUCAAUUGUGAUGAACUUCUAAUUUAUCUAGAUGAAUAAUAAAAACUAGCAGAAAAAGAACUCAAUUAAAUAUAUGAAUCAUUCAAUGAAAAAAUUCUUUCAAUUAAAACUUCUAUUCUUAGCUUUUUCGAUAAAAUGAAGGAUUAAGUGCUUUCUCAUACAUCAGCCACAACUGAAAUUAACAACCUCUUCGACAAUGUAUAUGAGUUUAAUGGAGAUGUAGACAAACUUAAAAGUUCCGUUUCAAGGCUUGUUAAUUUCAUUCCUCAAGAAGACGAUGAAGAAGGAGAAGCUGAAUUGGAAUAAAAAACUAUCAAGAUUAACAUAGAAAAUCAAUAUUAGGAAAUAUAAAGAACAUUAGAAAAAGGUAAUAAGGAAAUAGAAACUUUAUUAGAAACUCAGAAAAAGAGUCUGUCAGAACAGAUUCUUUAAGCAAACAUAAUUUAUAAGAAUAACAUUAAGUUCUGGUUUUCUAAUACAUAUAAGCAUGCACAAAUUACUCUUGUUUCCAAGAAUAUUGUUAAAUCAAAUGGCUCAAAUCCUAGCUAUAGAUUUGCAAUUAUGGAACCUGCCUUGCCUAAAAAUAAGUAAUGCAAAUUUGCCUUUAAAAUUAAGCAAGGAUCUACUAACAACUGGCUAGCAGUCGGUAUUUGUCACAAGAACACAAUAGUCUCCAAGAAUUAUGGUUUCCAAUUUUCAAAUCUAGGACAUGGUGCUUAUAUGAUUAGCUCAAACGCAGGUACUUGGUCAACUAGCUAAAGUGCAUUCAACAAUGUAGUUAAGGCAUUUAGCUUUGCAAAAAAUGAUGUAGUAAUUGUUGAUUAUGAUCCAAUCGGUAAAACAGUAAAAUUCUCUAAAGAGAAAAAACCUGACUCAACUUACAAACUUGAUAUAACUCACAUUGAUAACGAUCCUCUUCAUGCUUGUGUCUUAUUUUAUUAUGUGAAUGAUGAAAUAGAAUUUAUUCAAAAUUAUAGACCCAAUGCAGCCAAUUGA